AUGGCUAAUGGCAUGGUUUUAAAGUUACUUUCUGCAUUUUCUUUAGCUUAUUCUGCUAACCCGAAAUUUAAAUUUUUAGGGCCUCAAUUGCUUACUAGAUUUGCCAUUUCGUUGGCCUCAGUUGUGCAAGCUAGAAAUAAUGCUCAAAUCAUGAUCACUAGCUCCUUAGAUGUGUUCAGUAACCAGCUGUUUAUAACUACUAUGCAUAAAAUUGAGAGACCAUUUAAAUUUGAAAAUCAGAUGGAAGUGGGGAAAAAGUGGAAGGAAGUGACGAAAUAUGAUGAAGUUCUACAUAUCAAUAACAAGGAUAAAGAGGGUUAA